AAGUUUUUAAUGCAUGCAUAUAUCCUAUUUUUGCACGCACAAUAUAGUGCACACGUGGUUAUUUUAGUGCAUCAAAUCCACAGCCUUAAUAAUUAUAAUAGGUAUAGAAUUUAACUGCAGUUUAUGCACACUGCACACGCGUCAGAUAAUAUAUCAAUUAUAAGACACUAAUAAUAAUAGUACAGUGAACUGCAGCUGAACCCUCGGGUAUUAUACCAUUAUAGAUCCAUGGUACUAUACCUAGGUGAUAUAAUAACCUAAUUAAAAUUAUUGAGUCGAUGAUCUCUUUUCAGAGGCGAUCGUUAACAGGAGAUACAUAAUAAAUGAUUUGACUUUGAAAACAACAACAACAAUAAUGAAACGCAGUGCAGCUGUUGCGGCAAUAGCGGCGAUUGCGUUACUGCAGGUGGUCGCGUUACUGCGAGUGGCCGUGGCGGCCGCAGGCGGCCCGUCGUCGAUACGACGUCGAUUGCGGGACAUAACGCUAGACGACGAGGCCCACCGGGACCGGCUGGACCGUCUGGCCAGGUCCGUCAACAAGAUGAUCGACGAGUACCUGGGCACCAGGUCAGUGGUGAUGUUCGCGGAAGAGGUGCGCCGCAGUGAGCUGGGCCAGCGGCUGCUGGUGGACAUGAACCACCCCAGGCUCCUGGUGCAGUUGGCGGCGGCCACCGACGCACGGCUGGCCAACGGGCUCGUCGUUUACCUACAACGCGGCCAGGCGCAGCGACACCGGGACGGCCGGUCGACCGACUACGAUGCGGUGCUGGGCCGGUUGCCGCCCAGCGACCACUCGCGGCACAUGGUACUGUGGGACGUCACGCCGCAGCCAGGCGACCGUGUCGACCUGCACCGCAUCCAAAUGCUGUUCGAAGCUUUCUGGCACUAUCAGCUCGUCGACGUGGCUGUCCUGGUGCCCAUGUCCACUGGCAGCAUACGCGUGUACGUGUUUAACCCGUACACGGGGUCCCGGUGCAACGGGGCUGGUCCGCCGAUCAUGGUCAACGUCUGGAGCGGCUGGACGGACGCGUUUCUCAAACCUGACAAAGUGUUCGGCAUGGAGAACAAGCUGAAAGACUUGCACAAAUGUCCGUUGAAAUGCUUGGGCAUACACAGACCACCCGUGUCGACAGUGGUUCAAACGGAGAAAGGCUUCCAGUUGUCGGGGUCAGGUUUGCGCAUCAUCAACUUCAUGCAGGCGUACAUGAACUUCACCGGUAUCGUGGCUAUAGCUUACGGCCAUUCGGGGGUUAAUUUCAUGCCCAAUACGGCGGCCACUCCUGACAACGAUAGUUCGCCGGUCGGCAUGAAGGUGAAACAGAGAAAGGUGGACUUGGCAUUCGGCCGGUUCACGAGGAUUUUCGAUAGCGAGUCCGAGGUGGAGUUUGUCAAGGAAGACCAGAUGGAAUGCUUCACUUGGGGCUUGCCCAGCGGCAUCGGUCACGACCCGACGCUGUGGAUCAACUACGUAGCUGAAUUCUCACUAGUCACCUGGAUAUUGAUCAUAUUGAGUAUAAUAUUGGCGUUCGGCGUUAUCGUCGCACUCUCGCAGCUGACGUCCGCACUGCAAAGACCGGGGGUUACGGUCCCAUGGAGCCCACUGUCCAUUCUGUUCUACACGUAUGGCACGUUCAUCAGCGCCCCAAUCAAGGUCACGCCAAAAUCGUGCGCAUUGCAGAUGUUUCUGUCCAACUGGCUGCUGUACAGCCUGGUGGUGACGAGCGCGUACCAGGCGUAUUUGGGCAGUCUGAUCACCAUACCGCAAACGACUCCCGAAAUCAACGACCAGCACACGCUGUUGAAGACCAAUUUGAACUUGGUGGGCAGACAAGACAUGUACUAUCUGAUCAACUCGUCGGCGGGCUCCAGCAACGAUUUCAAAGAGCUGGUUGACCGCUAUCAGAUAUUGCCGCCCGAAGACUUCGGUCACUUCGUACAGAGGAUACUGUUGAAGAGGGACACGGCCGUCCUGGCGUCCAAACGCGAACUGAUAUUUUACGCGCAAAGGUACAAGACGAUUUUCAACGACUCGAGACACCUACACGUAUUGCCCAAGUGCGUGAUCGAAUCGUACUCGUCGACAUUUAUGCUUCGAAAGGGAUCGCCGUUUCUGCAUAGAAUUAGCACCAUUAUGUCGCAACUCUCGGAGACGGGCAUCAUGCAGCAAUGGGAUCGUGCGAACCUCAGAGAAGAACUGGUACACGGUAUUGUGUUUACUGAGGACACAAUUCUUUCCAUGUCGCAAUUUUAUGGGGCGUUUGUGGUUUUGUUUUUUGGAUUGUUUAUGGGCUUAUGUGCAUUUAUUGGCGAAAUCAGUGUGUACCUUAUAAAUACAUUUUGUCUAAGACAUACGAAGCAAAUUGUGUUCUUAAACUGACUACAAGACAUAAAAAAAAACUAGAUGUUUGAUUUACAUACUUUAAUAACAACAUACUUCGAACAAAUAAUACAAAAUUAGCUGUACUCUAGCUGUUAAAUUAAUUAAUAAACAUUUUGUAUUAGAUUCUGCUGACAAAUAAAUUGCAAGCUAACAACAAUCCUAUGAUUAAAAACAAAAAUGUAUUCAAUUAGAGAACUUCACAUUAUAUUGAUGCAUUAUUGCCAUCCACAUGAGAUCG